AAUGGCGGCCACGCAGGAGUCGGUGUGUAGGCGCUGCAGAACGCUGUUUAAGCGGGAAGAAAACAGCCAAGAGGCGUGCAGAUUCCACCCCAAGAUGUUUGUGAGCCGCAAGCAUGACGAUCAAAAGAGGUACUACGAGUUGAAGGACGGCGAUCCGGAGUACCCUGCUCGUUUCUACGACUGCUGUGGUGCUGAGGAUCCCAGUGCGCCUGGAUGCACCACCGCAUGCCACGUGUCGUAUGAUGAUUGA